AUGCCCCGAACCGAUGAAGCCGAGUUCUGGUUCAACGCCGUCUACGCCGCAGUGCAGCAGAUCCCGCCGGGGAAAGUAACCUCGUACGGACAUAUCGCGCUGUUGUUGGGUGAACCAAAACGCCCCCGCCAAGUCGGCAUCUGCCUAAAACACCUGCCGGCGCAGGACAGCGGGAACCACUUCCAUGGCGGGAAUGUGCCAUGGCAGAGGGUUGUUAAUGCCAAGGGGAUGAUUUCGCAUCGUGGACCGGGAAGUGCAGAGAGACAGGCGGAGGCAUUGCGCGAGGAAGGCGUCGAGGUGACGAGUGAUAGCAUGGGGGAGUUUUAUGUGGAUCUUUCGCGAUACGGGUGGUUUCCUGUUGAGUUGGAGAGUGAGGAUGACGACGACGACGACGUCGACGAUGAAGAUGCAGAUGGAGGUGCAGGGGUAGACCAAUGUAACGGGACCAGAGUCCCAUGA